AUGCCGUGGCUUCCCCGGGCCGCUGCUCUGGCCGCAACGCCAGAACAGCCAUCUGUCAUUGCGACCACUCUGCUUCAGCUCCUUCGCGGCCCCACACAACCAACCACUUUCCCCGAGUCGAUCGUCUCAGGUCUCUCCUCGACAGACGCAAGUGUUCAGCUGGCAGCCAUCGCUGAACUGCGAGCCUACAUUCGACGCCUGUUCUUCCUCGACGUGGACAAUUACUUCGAGAUCUCCAGUCUGGUCACCGCUGGCAUCAUUGCGGUCUUGAUCCUCAUCGGUAUUCCCGUCGUCCUUCAUCGCUUGUACUACGGUCGACUUCACAUCUGGCGACUCGAACGUCGCGCUCAAGGCUCCUACUUGAUACCCAACGCUAUCAACUGCUUCUUGCUUCUCGAGGGUCUCUAUGGCAUUCUCACCGUCGCCUUCAACGCUGUCGUCUGGGAACUCUUCCACAAGAACAAUGAAGUCUACGUCAGGCUCUUCCAGGCCUUUCGAUCCUUGGUCUGGAUUCCGCUCUUUUGCGGAGCUUUCCUGACCGGAUGGGGUUCUCUCUACACUGCACCCGACACGCUCGACAAGCCCACCGCAUCUCACCGCAAGACGAGCGCGAGAGGCCGUCUUCCCUGGCCUUUGAUCGUCAACCUCACCUGCUGGGGGCUGCCGCUCGUGCUCAUCGUUUCGCUCCUCCCACCCGUCUGCCUUUCCUCCGUCAAGAUGACUAACGCUUUCAAUGCCUACAAGGACUGGGACAGCCGCUUCCAGAGCUUGAUCGAAGCAACCGUCGCUAACACCGUCGUCAACCAGAUGGCCGUCAACGACAUGCGCGCGCAGGCAUACGCCAUCUUCACCGACUGGUCUCGCUCGUACUACUACAUUGAUGUUGGCUACGUGCUCUGGGGCUUCUGGGCCAUUCUCUUUUUGGUCUUCUACGUACCGGCUGGUGGCGUGCUCGUAUUCUUGCUGUAUCGCCAGGUCAACCGACAGCGGGCCAUCCUGGAGAGUCACCAGCGCAAGCUCGAGCUUCAGCUCGCGCAAGAGGAGAGGCAGGCCGAGGAGGACGAGAAGAGCGCCAUGCACGCCCGUAAUCUCGUCGUACCCAACACGACCAAGGUCUCCUCCUCCGGUGGAUUCUCCGGCGCCAAUCCUGUGUCUCGCGCCGGUGCGACGCUGGAAAACAUCUACGAAGACCGGGGCGUUUCGAACGACAGUCGCGCGACAGGGCAUAGCAACAAAUCUGGUCACGAUGUGAUGGGUCUCGAGACGGCGUUGGGCCAGGAACCAUCGGAGUCGUUUGGAGUGCAUGGCGCUCUAUCCCCUGGGCUCGGCUCGGCUCUUGGGCACGUGGCAAGUCUGGCCAAGGAGAGCGGCGAAGAUGUGCGCGCUAGCACUUCGCAGCCCAACACGCCCGUCACGCCGGGGGCCACAUCGGCAUUCCGUCGGCUGAUUCGCAUCGAGACAUCCGCAAGCAGCAAUAAGGCUGGGCAGACGAGCAGCAAGUCGGCCAAGCGCAAGCGCGUCUCCCUCUCCAGCGGGCCCAUGUCGCGGUAUAAGUAUCUGCGCCGGUGUCUGGUCAACUUGUUGAUCUUGUACUUUGGCAUCAUUUCGGCCGCGGCGUGUUUCGGGGCGGUGACGAUCUACCUGGCGGCGGUGGAGUACGAGCAUGCGCUGCAAGGACCGGACUCGGUCGCGCACUCGAUCUCUGUUGCUGGCGCCGUGGCUGCUUGGGCAAGCGCGGUGUUUGGCGCGCUGACGAUCGGCUCGAUUGUCUUUAGGAACUUUGACAAUCCCAAUCCGGAGGCGAGCCAGGGGAGCGAUGGACCGCCAAAGAGGAGGUUCGCUAGAGCCUCGAAGAACACCGACUCUGCUGGUGCGGAGCGGGGUGGACCGGCUGUGGUGGAGAAGACGAGGACGCUGCCUGCCGUGCCGGAGAGUGUGGAUCUCGAGGCGUCUGGUGUGCAGUCUAGGCCGCAGAUGGCGAUGGGCACGUCGAUGAAGUUUGCGUUGGGCGAACAGGGGUUCGUUUUCAGGGACGAUCAAUUGGCGUCGAUGAUGUCGGCGGGUGAGAUGGAGGAGAUGAGGCAGCCGGUGAGGCCGGCGCCGGUGGUCAGGGCGUGGGGAAGAGAGAGGGAGGCGACAAUGAGCAUCCCUCAGGAUGUGACAGAGUCGUUUGGGUUGAUGUCCGCGCCUAUGAUCGGCGGAAGAGCGGAGGAAGGGUAUGGUACGAACGAUACCACGCUUGCGGAGUAUCCGGCGUUCGAUCCGCGGUUGGUCGAGACUGCGCAGUUCAAGCAAGCGUCGUCGGACGCGCGGAUCGCCGUGCAUGCUUUCAAUCCCACAGGGUCGCCGAUCACUGCUUCGGUCGAUUCGCGGAUCAAGCGGGUACCAGCGCCCAUCACCGCUUCGGUCGACACGCUUGCUAGACCCGCGUCAUCGACCACACCCGCUUCGUCGCCGCCCAUGCCUACCUCGCCAGUGAUGAGGCGCCAGUCGAGAAUGGCCGACGUCCUCGAAAGUCCCGCGAGCAAGCUGGCGAGGGAAUGGGCGGAGGGCCAGUACGCGACGAGGAGGAUGCCCGACACUCCUACAGCGAUGAAGGCGAGCACAUGGGGAGAGGCCAAGCCAGAAAGGCCGGCGAGGGAUGCCAGGCGGCUUUAG